AUGUCUUCCUUUCUUGUUUUUUUAGCUAAAAUAUGUUCUCCACCGUGUAGCCCAUAUCAAGAAUGUGUAUCUGGUGUAUGUGUCGGACGGGGAGUAUUAUCGUUUACACUGACAUGGAAUAGACCAGGUGAUGGAGAUAUUGUUGUCACGAUCCCUAAUGGAAAAACAAUAAUGUACCCUGCAGGAAAACCCAGUAUCGAAACUAAUUAUGGUCAAUUAGAUAUCGAUGACAGAAGAGGGACAGGUCCGGAAAAUGUUUAUUGGAAUACCACAGAACCUGCUCGUGGUACCUAUUUCGUCUGUUUUCAACAGUUUAAGUUCAACCAAUUCGCCACUCCAGCUGAUCCAAUAACAGCUGUAGUUGAAGUGAAACAGGCCAGAAAAUUACUGCAAACAUUUAGAAAAACAUUCACACAACGUAUACCAGUUCCUUUACCAAAUAAUUGCCGAAGAACGUAUGAUACCUAUUUGGGAUCCAUUGUUUAUUAA